AUGAGUGAUCUUCUUGAGACCCCGGGACGCCAAGCGGGAGAGAAUCCUGUACUUAAUCCUGGCCUUGAGCUGGUUAGGCUGGAAUCUCUCUACAAAGAACUGGCCAAGAUUUCUCUCUCGCUGGCGACACUUUCUUUGAGCCGGAUAGGAUCUCUGCACAAGAAUGACGAUUCUAUAUGGGAAGCGUCACGUCGGCCGUUAACCUACUCUAUGAACGAAAUUGUUCAGUUAGGGACGCUCCCUCGAUCAGGACUACCGACUACCACAUAUGACAAAGCUUCUUCAUACUUUGAAGCCCUGGCGGAGUUGCAUCUUUCACACCUCAAAAGCCAAAGGAAUGAGGCAGAUAUUGAGGCAGAUAUUGACAUUGAUGUCCUAGCUGAUAAUUUCCGGCGCAAAUUUGUUGCUAGAUUUCUCUUCCGAAAAGUGGUUCGAGACCCGGAGCAAAGGCAGCAAUGGAUAUUGCAGGAUAAUGGCCCAUUUCCAGUAUGGUGUGACGAUUUUCGACCCGAAAAUGUUCUGAUUGAUGAAACCGAGAAAGUUAUUGGAGUCGUCGAUUGGGAGUUUACCUAUGCUGCUCCGGUUGAAUUUACUUAUGCACCACCUUGGUGGCUGCUUCUUAAAAAGCCAGAAGAUUGGCCUGGGGGUCUAGAUGAAUGGUGUGCAGAGUAUGAGAAACCGCUUCAGACGUUUCUUGGGGCCAUGCGGAAAUGCGAGGAUGAGGCAAUUCAGAAAAAACAGCUACUUGAGAGCCAGCGGCUGUCUAGUCAGAUGCGGGACAGCUGGCAGAGUGGAAACUUCUGGAUCAUGUAUGCUGCAAGGCAAAAUUUUGCUUUCGAUGCCAUAUACUGGGAAAAGAUUGAUCAGCGGUUCUUUGGGAAGACACAAGAUGCAGACGACAAUACUUGCGAUGUUUGGCGCAAGAGGCUUCAUCUCUUAGAACCCGGAGAGAAGAAUCUGAUGGAGGAAUACGUGGCUUUGAAGCUCAAAGAGAGGAGCAUAGGACGUCUCACUUGGGAUCCAGAUGAGUACACUGUGGGAUGGAUUCAACGGAUGAAGGAGAUCAGAUGGAAGGAGAUGGAGAGGGAAGAGAAGGAAAGGGUAGAGAGGGAGAGGAUGGAGAUCUGUGCUGAAUCGUAA